UGGAGGAUACUUUGCAAACUCAGCUAUAUGUUCAAUAUACACUAUUGAUGGUAUUGAUAUUCCUGUCUUUCCAAAUUCCAAAAAUGUACAAAAAUUUCAGUUCUUGACUAAAUAUACAAAAUUGCGCAGCAGAUGGCGGUCCUUUUGGGUCGAAGAUGGCGCCUUGCUGCCACGCCCAUGGCCGCCCACUUUCUGCACCACCACCCAGAUGUGAUGACCCUGCUUGAGUUCCUGGGACCCUCCAUGAAUUUGCGCAGAAGCACUCCCGAGGAUUAUCGAAUCCUGCGCGAGAUCGUCAACUCCUUCGAGCGGUAUUCCGGCGUGGGCAACGACAUUCAGCUGACCUUGGCCGAGCGAGCGGCCAACGAGCUGAUCAUGCACGAGAAGAAGCAGGAGUACGAGAAGGGCAUCCUGGAUCCCACGAAGUUCGCGCCGGGUCACCACAUCUUCCAGGUUCUCGACACCGUGAAGGAGUCGCCCCUGUUCCAACUCCUGACCAAAAUGCCCAAGGGAGCAGCGCUCAAGGUGCACGACACCUCCAUGUGCAGCUCCAAAGCGGUGAUCGAGAUGACCUACCGCGAGAAUCUGUGGGCGUGCACCACCCACGAGGGCUGCCAUGUGGUGGAGUUCCGAUUCGCCAAGGAGCGACCCAAGGACAUCCAACACGAGGGAGGCGAGUGGCAGCCUAUGGAGAAGCUUCGCGAGCUGAGGGGCGAGGAUAACCUCAGGAAGUAUCUAAGGGUGCGACUCAGCAUGUAUCCUUUGGCUAGCUUUGCUACAAGUGCGCAUGCGUGGCGCCACAUGAUGGGCAUCUUCGAUCUGGUCGACGGUCUGCUACGGUACGCUCCCCUUUGGGGCGACUACUUCUACAACGGAUUGAAGGAGUUCUACGCGGAUGGAGUGCAGUACCUGGAGGUGCGAUCGGUGGUACCGGAGCUCUACUGUCUGGACGGCAGUCGGCUGCCCAAACGGGAAACGGUGCAAAUAUACAAGGACACCCUGAGGCGAUUCAAGCAGGAGAACCCAGGAUUCAUUGACUCCAAGCUGAUUUACGCUCCAAUUCGUCAUGUGCAACCGGAGGCGGUGGGUCAAUAUGUCAAGGAGUGCACUGAACUUAAUAAAGAAUUCCCCGGCUUUGUGAUUGGCUUCGAUCUGGUUGGCCAGGAGGAUAAGGGCCAUCCGCUGAGCAAGUUCGCCGAGGAGCUGCUCAAGCUGCCGGACAACAUCAACUUCUACUUCCACGCGGGCCAGACCAACUGGUACGGAUCCCACGUGGACCAGAACCUGCUCGAUGCCAUUGUGCUGGGAACCAAGAGGAUCAGCCACGGAUACACGAUCACCAAGCAUCCGGUCCUCAUGCGACUGGCCAAGUACCUCAACAUCGCAUUGGAAGUGUGUCCCGUCUCCAACCAGGUGCUCCAACUGGGCUCCGACUACCGGAGUCAUCCGGCAGCAACACUCAUUGCUGAGAAUGUGCCCAUGGUGAUCUGCUCCGGGAAUCCGGCUUUCUGGCGAGCAGCUCCUCUCUCCCACGAUAUUUACAUGGCCUUCCUGGGCAUCGCACCCAUGAACGCCGAUCUGAAGUUCCUCAAGCGAACCGCCAAGAACUCCAUUCGAUACAGCGCCCUGAAGGACGAGGGCAAGGCGAAGGCUAUGGAAAAGUGGAAGGUGGCCUGGGAUAAGUGGAUAGAAAACAUUGUCGAACCAAAGGAAAAUGAGGAGGAACAGAAAUAAUUUUAGAUACAACACAAAAAUGCAUUUAAUUUUCUUCAUUACUAUUAUAGUAGUUCAGUGGAGAAACGCGUAAACAAUAAUUGUUUAGUGUUGUAAAUAAAAUAUUUCCAUCCCA